UAGCUACUGCAACGGCAAAAUAAAGAUGGAUAUAGACCGUAUUUGAUAAUUUGGUGGAUCUGAUUUGGGCAUUGGGAGGAACAGAGGAGUAAGCAGGAGAAAGGUGGCCUGUGCUUGACCGUGGGGAUUACUUGGUAAAGUACCAAGAAUCGAAUCGAAUCGAAUCGAAUCGAAUGGGUUCUUGCUAUUCAUCAAUUACUGGAAAGAGAAAGGACACAGUGGAAGUAGUUAUGAUAGAGGCUGCUGCUUCGAACUCUCGUGCGUGUGCGGCCAUAUCAUCAAUUUCUACUUCGUCUUCCGCUCAUAACAAGAAGAAGACUAAGAGGCAGAGUUCGUGGAGAUGGAAAAAAAAAUCUGCUGCAGCUUCAGAUGAAGGUGAGCUGCUCCAUCAUAUGAUGACUCCCGAGAAUGGGAGGAUGGUUAUGAAUGGCGCCAGCAAAGUCGCCUGCUUGUAUACCCAGCAGGGUAAGAAAGGAACUAACCAGGAUGCCAUGCUUGUUUGGGAGAAUUACAGUUCAAGAAGCGAUACAAUAUUUUGUGGGGUAUUUGAUGGUCAUGGUCCUUUUGGUCAUAUGGUUGCGAAGAAAGUACGGGAUUCUCUUCCACUUAUACUAUGUACUCAAUGGAAAACCAAAUCCAGUGGUGACCAGAGCAGCCUUUGUAAGACUGAAAAUGAUCAUGGAAGCAUGAACACAGAGGAAACUGCGUCUCAAAGCUUGGAUGAUGAAUGGUAUGAGACAUUGGAGGUCGAAGCUAAUGAAGAACUCCCUGAAAUGUAUCUGCCACUUAAGCAGUCUAUGUUAAAGGCUUUCAAGCUAAUGGAUAGGGAACUGAAGUUGCAUCCCACGAUUGAUUGUUUCUGCAGUGGAAGUACAACAGUUACUUUAUUAAAGCAGGAUCAGGAUGUUGUGAUUGGAAAUGUUGGAGACUCGAGGGCAGUGCUGGCAACAAGAGACGAAGACAAUUCUUUGAUUGCUGUACAAUUGACUGUGGACUUGAAGCCUGAUCUUCCAGGGGAAGCUGCUAGGAUCCAGCGAUGCAAAGGAAGGGUCUUUGCUUUACAGGAUGAGCCGGAGGUUACACGUGUAUGGUUACCUAACAAUGACUCUCCUGGUUUGGCGAUGGCUCGAGCUUUUGGAGACUUCUGUCUGAAAGAUUUUGGUUUAAUUUCCGUCCCAGAUGUUUACUAUCACCGUCUUACAGAAAGAGAUGAAUUUAUUAUUCUUGCCACUGAUGGGGUUUGGGAUGUCCUCUCAAAUAAAGAAGCUGUAGACAUCGUGGCUUCAGCCCCUGGUCGCUCAACAGCAGCCAGAGCUCUUGUGGACUGUGCUAUUCGGGCAUGGAGGCUUAAAUAUCCUACUUCCAAGAAUGAUGAUUGUGCUGUUGUGUGCCUCUUUUUAGAAAAUGUACCUGCAUCCAGUGAGGCCGUGGCAGACAAUGAUGUGAAAAAGACUGCUCAAGAGGCAAUGGAGAGGGUGGCAGUAACAGAUGAGAAGACUGGGUGUUUCGAAGUCGAUGAUUCGAAAAAUUAUUUUCUUGAGCAUUCAGGUACACUACGAGGCUCUGAAGAGAUUAUGCCUGUCUCUGAGUUUACAGAAGAAAAGUUUUCUGCAAAGUGCGAGUCCCAAUCUAAGAGGAGCCUGGCCGAGUGCAUCUCUACUGCAGAGGACGAGGAGUGGUCAGCCUUAGAAGGUGUUACCCGGGUUAACAGUCUGCUAAGCCUUCCCAGGUUCUUGUCUGGUGAUAGAAGAGCAGCGAGUUGGAUAAAGUGGCUAUGAUACUCGAAGUGCUUAUCAGCCCUUCAUUUUACCCUCAGCAAAAUGGAACUUCAAUGAUUUUUUCAUCACCAUCAAAUCCCUGCUUUCAAGGAAUAUUAUUCAUGGCAGAGAGAGAAUCUGUACGUUUCAAACUGCAGAUGCAAAUUGGCAGGUACCAGAGAAUUCCUAGGAAGUCAGUGAGCCCCCAAUGUAAGGACUUCCAUUAGGUUGGGUGUAAUUUUCACUGAAAAAAAAGGCCUUGCAGGUUUUGUUUGUAAUAAUGUUCUUCUAAGGUACACUGUGGUUCGGUGAAAUCAAUAUUUGGCUAUUAAAAUGCAUUCCUUGAAGCACUUUACUAA